AUGACACGCACAUUGUUGGUCCUGGUCUUUGCCUGGGCUCUGUUGGCUAUUGCAGCCUUGCCUAUGACCACACAAGCAGCCCCAGUGCCGCAGCUGAACAUUCUUCCCUGGCUCGGGCUUGGAGGUGGUAAUGGCAAGGCCACAAAGUCAGCCGUCUCGACGACACGCCCUGUCACCACAACUUCGAAACCCACUAGCACGUUGAAGCUCGCCACCGUCGCUGCUGCAGCCACCUCACCCAUUACCACAGCCUCCAAGGCGGCUACCACAAGCAUCAAGGCCUCCACUACCUCCUCGUCCACCGCAAGUCUCCUCUCUCCAACAGCGCCAGUGACUAAGCUCGCCGCCUCCACAGGCAAGAUCCGAGGUGUCAACCUGGGCGGUUGGUUCAUCUUGGAAAACUUCCUGUCGCCGAGCGUGUUUUCGGCUGCGCAACAGGCCGGUGGCUCGGGCGCCUCUCUGCCCCAGGACCAGUGGGGCUUCAUGACGACCAUCAACAACAACGCAAAGGCUUUGCAGAUCCUGCAGCAGCACUGGUCUUCGUUCAUUGUCGAGUCGGACUUUGCUCAAAUCAAGAGCCUCGGUCUCAACACUGUUCGUAUCCCUGUGCCCCACUGGGCCUUCACCAACUCGAGCUCUGAACCUUACCUGUCUGGAGCCGAACUGCCUUACAUCGAUCAGGCGGUCUCGCUUGCAGCGCAGUACGGUCUCGAUGUGAUGCUCGACAUGCACACCGCACCUGGUAGCCAGAACGGCUUCGACAACAGCGGUCACAUUGGUGCUAUCAACUUUGGCAGCAGCUCCGACAACGCGAACCGCCUCUACGACGCGCUCACGGCCAUGGUAAAUCGAUACGUCAACGACGGCAAGUACGGUGGUGCGGUCAAGUACGUCGAAAUUCUCAAUGAGCCCUUGUGCAACGUCUUGGGUGGCGAUUACGUGGCCAGCGUGUACCAGACGGCUGCGGCCCGUGUCAAUGCUGCCAUCAGCGGCUCAUCCAGGCCACAGAUUGUCUUGCAUGACUGUUUCGCGACGCCCUUGACCAACUUGGGUCCCUUCGUGUCCGGCAGCGGUCCUCUCGCCGGCACGUCCUUCAUGAUCGACACGCACCGCUACCACGUCUUUUCGCCACGCCAGAACCUCUCCUUCCAGCAGCACGUUUCUUUGAUCAAGCAGGACGGGGACGACAUUGCCAGCGCCACCAGCAGCCUCGGCCGCCAGGUUGUCACGGGCGAAUUCAGUCUGGCCAUCAGCUGUUCUGACUGCCCCACUGGAUACUCGUCCACUGUCACCGCUGCGGACGUGGCCAAGCUCAACCGCCAGUUCUUCGAGACCCAGACCGUGGCCUACGACCGAGGCGCUGGCUGGAUCUUCUUCAACUGGGCUGCCGAAAACAACUGGCCGUGGUCGUUCAAGACUUCGUACAACCUCAACUGGAUCCCCCAGAACAUCCUUGCGCAGGACGAGGCUUUGUAA